AUGGACCCGGUCCCGGAGAUGAAGAGGAAUAGGUUCCCCAGCAUGAACUUUGAAGCAGAGAUUCUGACAGCUCCACACGAUAACUCAGAGCUAUAUGUGAUCCCUUCCAUGAGAAGUCUCACAGCUGAGGAGUAUGUAGAGGCCUUCAAGUCAUUUUUGGAUCAUUCAACAGAGCACCAGUGCAUGGAUGAGUUCAACAAGAAAGAAUUGCCCAACAUCGUGUCUGGUCUCGGCAAUGGAAAAUCAACUAUAAAUGUUCUGGGAGUUGGAAGCGGCACAGGUGAGCAGGAUUUGAAAAUGAUCAGGAUACUGCAGGAUGUACACCCAGGUGUCCUUAUUGACAAUGAAAUCGUAGAGCCCAACCCACAACAUGUGGCAGCUUACAAAGAGCUGGUGAAUCAAGCUCCAGACCUGCAAAAUGUCUCUUUUAAUUGGCACCAGCUCACUUCCUCAGAGUACGAACAACAGGUGAAAGAGAAAGGUGCACAUAAGAAAUUCGACUUCAUCCAUAUGAUCCAGAUGCUGUACCGUGUGGAGGAUAUUCUCAAUACUAUCAAGUUUUUCCACAGCUGCCUCGACCAUCAUGGUAAACUCCUGAUCAUAAUUUUAUCAGACAGUAGUGGAUGGGCCAGCUUAUGGAAGAAGUACAGACACUGUUUGCCUUCCACUGACAGUGGCCACUACAUCACCUCCAACGGCAUUGCAGACAUUUUGAAGAGACUUGGUAUUGAAUACUGCAUUUAUGAGUUCCUGUCAGGCUGGGAUAUCACUGAGUGCUUUAUCGAGGGGGACCCGGCUGGAGGCCGCAUGAUGGAUUUCCUGACGGGGACAAAAAACUUCCUGGGCACGGCCCCCCCAGGUCUGCGACAGCAGCUGCAGGAGGCUCUCUGCCAGCCGGAGUGCAGCAGCAAAAAGGAUGGGAGGAUCAUUUUCAGCAACAACCUGAGUAUGAUUGUGGUUGAUUCCUAG